AUGGAGAGAAGAGAAGAUGAGAGUGAAGAGACAGAAGAAGAACAGAAGAACAGUGAGAUUCUUCACUGUGUGUUUCGGUUUCCGACAGCCCUUCAAGUCCUUUGCGAUGGUACUUUCGUCCACCAUCUCGUUUCUCGUGAGAUCACUCCCGCCGACACAGUCAUCUCCGAGCUACUCGAAGGUCCCGUAAAGCUUUUCACCACUAAGUGUGUGGUUGCGGAGUUGCAGAAACUGGGUAAAGAUUUUAUGGAGUCGCUUGAGGCUGCUCAGAUGCUUAGCACUGCAACACCUUGUUGUUGUAUAACUUGUAAGAGGUUAAUUAUGACCGAUGCAGAGAAGUGGAUGUUGGAGAAACAGUCUGCGAGAAUCUUAGCUUCUAGAAGAGGAGAAGGAACAGCUGAAGACGAACAAUGGGAAACACCUCGAGUGGUCAGUACAAGAAAUGGACUCGGUGUGAAGGAUAGACCCCAAUUCAAGCGAAAUAGAGCAAAGGUAAUGUACAUUCACGCUAGGUCCAAUCCACUUUCAUGCAUGAAGAAAAAGAAGGUGACAGAUACCAAGAAACCUCAAUCAAAACCCAAAGCUGAAUCGAAACCUGGUGGACAAGAGGGCAAGAAAGGUGGUAAAAGCGGUACAGAAAAGAGGACAAGAAAACGGUCCAGAAAAGGAAAAGCUGCUCCGGAGAGAACCUGA